AUGCAUCAACCACCCGGUCUUCGUGAUAAGGAAAAACCGGGUCAUGUGUGCCUUCUCAAAAAGGCUCUUUAUGUUCUCAAACAAGCCCCCCGGGCUUGGUAUCAUCGGUUUUCUUCUUUUGUGGCAACUAUUGGCUUCUCUCAUAGCAAGUCCGACAACUCUCUUUUCAUCUACUCCCAUGGUCGUGAUUUGACAUACAUUCUCUUAUAUGUUGAUGACAUAGUCCUCACCACCUCCUCCGACACCCUCCGGACUACCAUCAUGUCCUGCCUAAGCUCCGAGUUUGCUAUGACCGACCUCGGUCCUCUAAGCUCCUUCCUUGGCAUUUCGGUUACUAGACACUCUGGUGGUCUCUUUCUCUCUCAAACAUCCUAUGCAGCCGACAUCAUUGCUCGUGCCAACAUGUCCUCUUGCAAGUCGUCUGCCACUCCUGUAGACACCAAAGCCAAGCUCAGCUCCUCUUCCGGGUCGACAAUUGAUGAUCCCACCUUGUACCGUAGCUUGGUCGGGGCCCUUCAAUAUUUAAAUUUCACGAGACCCGACAUUUCCUACGCCGUGCAACAAGUUUGUUUGUAUAUGCAUGAUCCACGGAAAGAAUACAUGCAUGCCCUUCGUCGUAUCUUGAGAUACCUUCAAGGCACUUUGCAGCUCGGUCUUCAUCUUUAUUCCUCCUCUAUAAGUGGCCUUAUUUCUUACACCGAUGCGGACUGGGGUGGCUGCCCCGAUACUAGACGGUCAACGUCAAGCUACUGUGUCUUCUUAGGAGACAACCUCAUAUCAUGGUUUGCCAAGAGACAACCCACCAUCUCCAAAUCAAGCGCGGAGGCCGAGUAUCGUGGUGUAGCUAAUGUUGUGGCUGUAUCUUGUUGGUUGCGCAGUCUUCUUCUCAAGCUUCAUUGUCCCAUCAAGAAAGCCACGAUUGUGUAUUGUGAUAAUGUGAGUGCGGUUUAUCUCUCCGGAAACCCGGUUCAACAUCAAUGA